AUGAGUGGGGUUCUGAUCAAUUUGGAUCAAUCAAAAGCUUUUGAUUGUGUCGACAACCAAUACUUGGAGGCUGUCCUCGCGGCGGCCAGUUUCUGCCCCGUUUUCAGAGACUGGAUUACUGCAAUAUACUGCGACAUUUGUUCAGUGAUCAAAAUUCAGCAAAGAUGUUGCGGGAAAACCUUCUCAUACUACUACAACAAUUUCAACAACAGUAACAACAACGGUCACAACAUUUUUAACAACACAAGGAACAACGACACCAGCUGCUAUAAAAACAAAAGCAACAGCAAUAAGAGUAAUAUCAGUAACAGCAGCGUCAACAGCAGCAACAACAACAACAACAAAAAUAACAACGACGAUGAAUGUUCCAAAUUAUUAAUGGGAUCUGAUAAUCGUGUCAUUGGGGGUCGUAAAUGUGACUUAACUGCUUCAGAGAAAUUUGUUAUUACUUCUGAAGUUGCAAAAUGUAAUUCAACAUUAGAAAUAUCUGAAAUAAUUGGAAGAUAUCACCAAGCUAUGAAGAGUUUGUUACAGUUCCUACGAAGAUACGUAAGCGAGCCGACAAGUGUCAGUCGAGGGCUGUUUCUCGACGUUCUCUAUUACGAAUUAAGCGUGAAGCUGUAA